UUUUUGUUUGGCGGUGCUGCGUCCCCGAAGAAUGCACAAAUAAAACGCAAAAAGCUAGGGCCUUGGAAAAUCGAAUGUGAAUCAUGGCCACGCUGGUGAAGCCCAAAAAGGAGAAGAACAAAAGGUCUCGCCACUCGGGGCAGAUCCAAAAAGAGGAAGAGGAGGAACAUGCUGAGUUAUCAACAAGUGAAGAACAAAGACCUGCGGAGAAUGUGUCGCUGCUGGAGGAAUUCGAGCGAGUGGCGGCCUUGGCCAGCAGUUCCAGUGGCGAGGCAAUCAUCACCACCGAGUGCAGCAUCUCCAGCGAGGUGAGGGAAGCGCCGGAGAUGCCGGAGGAGCAGGAACAGGAAUCCCAACCCAGUGCCCCAAGUGCCCCGCCCGCGACGACCACUCACAUCGUCCAGUACCCCAAUCUGCAGCCCAUACAGUUAUCCAACGCCCAAGUGGAGGAGCAGUCCGCCAAGAUCGUCUACCGCCAGGCGCUGCAGGCGGAGUCACCCACCGGUUUUGCUCUGACCAGGAGUCACAUCAAGCCACUGAGCACCGAGCAACUGCGGCAAAUCUACGAUUGCCCCGAUCUGGAGCUGGCCAAGCAAUUUGAGCUCGAGUUCCUCAUGAACUCCCUGCUGGAGUCCAGCGAAUCGGAUCCUCUAUAUGCGGCCGUUUUGGAAUACUACGAACUGCAGGGCAAGAUCACCUCCAAUCUGCACGAUGUGGAGAAGAUGCGCAAGGGCUGCACGGAGUCGCAGAAGCAAAUCUGGGUGCGCCAGCCAGUCACGCGUACUUUUAGUGGAACCUGCGGAGAUGGCAACGCGGUCCAGGAGAGCAUCACCUACGAUCAAAUCAAGGUGGAUCCCAUUAAACUAGAACUGGCCCAGACUGCAUUGACUGGCCUCUAUGACCUGGUUUGUCAUACCUACACCAACAACCUGAUUACAGCCAAGAUAACCAAAGUGAAGGUGGACCAAAUCAUCAACGAUCUGCUGGCCUAUCCAAAUGCAGAUGGACAAACGGCGAUUUCAUUGCAUCACUCACAAACUGGAGAGGCUCUGGAGUGCGUUUCCCAACUGAGGCGGGCCAUUUCCAUACUCUUCAGCUUCGUUCGACGGCCAAGUCCCAAUGGGAACUUUGACAAGGACCUCAAAGAUUGGCUGCGCAGGCUGAUUGCCCUGCAGCUUUUGCUGGCCACCAAGGAGGAUCACUGGUUCCUGCUGUUCAACAUCCUGCGCUGCCCCAAUGGCGUCGGCUCCUGGGCCGCCCAAUUCCUGCAGCUGCCCGGAACGCAAACGGUGGCCAAGGGUUCCCAACAGAACCAGCUGCCGCUAGACCUCAACUCUCCCGAGCUCAAUCACUGCAUGGCCGUGCUGCAGAUUCUGCUGAUGCCGGUGAAGAAGCGAAACGAGUAUCUCAAGAGUCAGGCCCAAGCACACCGAGAACUUUCGGAUGCGGCGGGAGCCACGGAUCGCUGGAUAGUGGUGGAUUCCGAUGGCGAGGACUCGCAUACACCGGCUGGCGAAUGCAUAGGACUGAAGGAGAGCGAUCUGAUUGCACUACUUAACCAGUUGCCUUUCGAGAGGAUCUUUACCUCUGCCCUGCGCAUUGAGAAAUUCCUGAACGACUACAUUGUCGAGCCGGAUAUGAUCACUGCCCAGCAAAUGCUCGCCGUAGUUGUGUUCUUCUCCCAACUGGUCAAAACAAUGGGCGAAGGGUUGCUGACCUACAACAACGAGCGAUAUAAGCAGCUGGCCAAGCGACUCGGUCGUUUGGUGCGUCACACCCUGCAAUACGUUUUUGAUUACCACGAAUUGUUCAUAAACAACAACCUGUCCAAGUCCCCGGAAAUGUACGAGCGCAUCCAAGUGGAGCUGCAAGCACUGCUAAUUCGCGCUUGUGGCUACAUCUAUCGCACUAGAAACCUCGGCACCUGGCAGUACUUUUCCACCCUGCCGUUCGGCACCUUGGAUGCCGAGGUCAUCUGGCACUUGUUCUACUACCUAAAUGUGGGUUUUCCCACGGAUUUGGCCAACGAUUUGGUGAGCAAUGCGGAGGCUGCCUUCCAGGCGGAGGACUUCUGGCCAAAGUUCGAUCUGGCCAAUGCCGAUGUGGCGCCCGAGGAUAUGUACUACCUGCUGCAGACCUUCUUCGAGAUGGCCAACGAUCGGAAUCGCUCCAAGGAUGGUGCCCUGGUCAAGGCCAUCUGCCUGCACAUCUUCCACAUUGGAUACAUACAUCAAUCCACGAGGGAGAUUUGCUAUAAAACGGCGCGCGACAUGCUGGCCAACUUGAUGGACGAGGAUCUCUUGGGCUGUCUGCUGGUUCACCUGAAGAUGCGAUACGGCGAAGUCGAUCAGGCGGCGUAUCUUUUCAAGGCUCUGCCACUGGAGAACUGGCACCCCAGGAUGGACAGCUUUGAGGUGCUCUCGAACUGGCUGCUCCAUUUUGACUACCAAUCCUCGGAGAGUCAUUUGGCGCGCCUGAUCAUCAGUCACCUAAACUGGGGAUUGGAUUGCGAGGGACGUCUCUUUCUGCCCCACAACAUUCAUGUGAGAAUGGCCCAUUUGGUGAAUGAGGCGUUAAACAAGUAUGCUCCCGAGGUCAUCGGAGCCUCUGGAAUCUCAGAGAGCGUUCGUCAAGUGUCCUCGCUGAUUGACUCCACGCAAUCGAGUCGGGAACAGUUUACCAACUGGUGCUGGCGCAUGGUCUCUGUGCUGCGUCUACACCUGAUGGAUCAGGGAGUAGAGUCAGUUAAGCGCACGCUUCAGCAUCCCACGGAACCGCUUCUUUUUAUUCCCGAGCUGGAGCGCAUGGAAAUGAUCUUCCAAGGCGUAAACGAGAAUCGCCCGCUGGCUCUGUAUGUGGGCAUGCUGGUCAGCUUGCACGGGCACUCCAUUCCGCUGAUCUGCCAGCACGGGUUCAAUCUUCUCCAGCAGCUGCUUCUCGAUCACCGACACGCGGCCGCCAUUCGCUGUUUGGAGCUGAUAGUUCCGCUGUUUUUGGAAACUCCAGAAACUCUGGCGAAUUGCGAAAGUUUCCAGAGACUUUUGAUUACCCUACUGAAUGCAGACAGAACUUAUUUGAAGCUGGCUAAGGACAUGGUCUAUGCUAAUUCGAUUGGCCCCAUUCUGGAACUUCUGGACAACAUGCUGCAUCAUCAGAUUGUGUCGUAUACAAACUACGGUCUAUGCUCACCACUUAAUCUCCUUAACAUCUGGCUUAAUUGCUUUACCACACUGCCAGGAUGGUCUCAGAACUCGAAUCUGUUGUAUUUACUGGACAGAAUGCUACGUAUUUCCUACCAGUUUCCCGACUGUCGAGCCCAGGCUGUGGAAUUUUUCUACAAUUAUUACAAAGACUGCACAGACUGGAAGUCAGCCCCCAAGGGAUCAGCUUUAAAGGCAUUUUUCGGCGGUCAAUCUCCUUCUCGAAUCCCUUUGAUUUCGCCGCAGAACUGCUGGCUGAACUUGGUGCUACUUGAGAUUGAGUUCCGCCUGGUGGACACGCGCAUCUUCCCUGAGCUUUUGCGUCAAGUUUCCGCCCAGCCAGUGGAGGCGGCUCUCAAGAAAACUCUCUCGUUGAGCAAAAUCAACGCCUUCCCCGCCAGCCAACUUGUGAUAUUUAAAUACGCUCAACUGCUGGCCAGCAUGGACAGCAAUCACGCCUUGUUCCCCAUCGUCUGCCAGAAGUUUUUCGAGCUCUAUCUCUGGCGAGUUCCCACGGAAAACGAAUCGCUUAACUUUAGCCACAAUUUUGGGGUUUCCGACAAGUUCUACGAACACAGUGUGCCUUUAAUGAAGAGUAUUAAGUCCCAAUUGAAGUCUGCCGAGUCGUAUUACUCGGCAUUGGCCACCAAAAGCGCCAGUGACGAUGCCAUGGCCCACUUCUAUCGAAGCUGUCACAAGCUUAUGCAAAACUGUGCCCUCUGGCUGGAGGAUACGCAAAUUAAUCGCUUUACCAGUGAUGCAGAGCAGCUGCCCGCGCAGUACAAUUCGGAGAAACUGCGCGAGCUGUUGAGUGGUCAUGUGAACCACUGGACGGAGUUCCUGUGCCUCGCAUCACUUCGCAAGGAGCAACGCCUUCAGGCUGAUCAGUGGGGCCGAAAAGUAAUGAGACUUCCGAACCAAAAGGCCCCCCGAACUCCAGUUCAACCAAAGCCGCGACAGCAGCCCGCCCAGCAUAUCAAAAGUCUGUUGAAUAGCUACGAAAAGGUGGUCGAGAAUCCGAUUCAUGUUCGUGUGGAACCCAUCCAAACGCCAGCCAUCGAUGGAACUAUUAUGACGCAGCUUAAGAAGCGUUUAAACACGUUCAACUCAACGGCGAACACAUACCAUUAUAAGACUUCCGAGUUGAAUUCACUGAACCUCAACUAUUUGGAAAGUGUGCCUGCUCUGUACCAAAUGAUUCCUUAUAAAGAGACCCGGCGAAAGGAGUGUACAUCGCUGCUCUUCAAGCGGAAUUGUACAGCUGCCGCUAAAAUCACGCUGACACCGGAGCACAUUCGAAUCAACGAGGUUAUAUCACGAAAACAAACGCAGAAUCGAGAGCGACAUGACAAAAUAGUUGAGGAUUUGCUGUUGGCCUUGAAUGUGGAUGCCUUUGCCCAAGCCAUUGAGGAAUUUGGCGUCUGUAUCGGUGCCAUUCUGGUGGCCCCGAUGGAAUCGAAAGUCACGCAGAUUGGAGUCCAGGUGUUCUAUCAUCUGGUGGAGAACCUAAACGAGGUGACAAUGAAGUUCCAGCCAACACAUGACCUGUACUUUCAAGUGCUAGAGAAGUUAGGGGUAUUCCUGCAAGCAGAUCAGGCUGCACAGGGAUUGGUUGUUCUUCGACUGGCUCUAACGCGACCAGAUCUCUUGGAACUGCUGGCCGGAGUCUUUGUGCCCAGCCGCACUGACGUGGAGCACUUUUUGCCCGUGUACGAGUUCCUCAUCGAUUCUCAUCUCAAGCGAUGCGAUACACAAACACUCUUUGUGCUCUUCUCCAAAUUCGACCUGCUGGGUUGGAUGGAGGCCUAUCAGCCGAAGCUGAGCGAGAUCAAUCGUCUGCUAGUGCUGGUACUUCAGGGAUUAGAGGCCUGGUCUCAGCCGGAUAGCAGCCUUCUCCAGGAUCAAUUCCGCAGGCAUCUGGUACACAUCUUUGGCUACGAUUUUCCACAGCACUACGGCGAGGUGAUGCAGCUGGUUUUGGACCGCACAUCGGACCAGAAACUGAUGCCCGAGGUGCUUUUGGACCUGCUGAACGCUUUGUUCGUGCGUUCCAACUGUCCGGAGUUGACUUUGGAGCAAUCGGAAGUGCGGGUGCAUGAACUCGCCUUGGACUUUGCCCGGCGACAAAAGCUAUUCACGCUCAAGGCGGCCACGGACACGCUUUUGCUCUUGUCCCGCCACUUCCAGAAGGAGCGACUGCAUCAUGGUCUGCAUGGCUUGUAUCCCAAGCACAAGGAUUACUGUCAACCGCUGGUCCUUUGGUUCACCUGUUUCGGUCACACACUCCUGGCCUCGGCCAUUUGCAGCUAUCAGGAACUUCUGGCUGAUCAGAUCAGCGAUAUUGUGUUUGGAUCCAUUGUGGAGACGUACGGCCCCUGGCUAAUCCCCUACACCGAACAGACGGUCAGUGGCGUGGCCCACUGGAUCCGCCAGCUGACUCCCGGUCAGAGCAAAGUGCUGUUGCCUUGGAGCGAUCAGCAUGUGAGCAGCAGCAAACUCAUGAUCCGUUCCUUCGUGGCCACCGUACUGCAAGUGCUGCAGUAUCUGCCGUCGUCUAAUAAGAUUCUGGAGCACGUCUUCGCCUGGUAUGUCCAUCACUUCGCCCAGCCCAACAUAGCGGGUCAUGUGUUGGCUCCCAUCCACGAGGGAUUGGCCCUGUUGCCCUGGGAACGCUUCCUUCCACCAGCACAGCAUGUGGACUUGCUGUACGAUAGUCUGCAAAGAUUCUUACCCGAAUCACAUGCCAUGCUGGGUCACAUAUUCAUUCGGAUUGACUGGGACAACUGGUUUGCCCUGAUGCCACAGCCGGUGCCACUUCUCUCUCGACUUUUCGGCACCUUCGUGAAAAUAGCCUUCGAACCGAAUAUUCAUAUACAUCCCAAUACGAGCAAAAUUCUCGAGGACGCCAUUCGUUAUCCGUGGCACCUGGUGGAAUACAGCGAGCUGGAGCAGCUGCUCAAGUGGUUUGUGGCCAGCGUGGAGCCAGCCAUUGCCCUAAAGCUACCGGCAGAGAGCAACUAUGCGGAUCGCGCUGUUUUGGAACUCCUUCGCUUGGCUUGUGCCAUGUUGCCGGAACGCUCAACUCAGGAUGCUGUUGUCUUGGGUACAGCGAAGCGCAUGCUCUACACCCGCUCCAUGGUCAGGAUGCAGAGAGCCUGCGGGGCCAAGCACAAGAAGCUGCUGGCCACAAAGGAGGGCGAGCGAGCCUUUAGCGACGCCUUUCUGGAGCUCCUGAAUAGCAUCGAUCGGGCCAUCAGCAGUUGCAGUGAGCAUCGAACGCCCGAGGAGCAGCGCAGGGAAGCACUUAACUUGAUGCUGGAGCUGGUGGCGCCCACCCAAACGCAGAGUCAGGAAGUGUCCAACAUCCACAUUAAGGCUCUUGUUUGGUGGCAGCAGCAAUCUGCUCCUGGCAACCUGGUCAUGUGCUCCACCCUUCCAGCCAUCGGCCAUUUGAACACGUACAUCGCCAGCAUUUAUGCGCUACUGGAGGCCAGUAUAGAGAACUACUUCCGCACCUCGCCGGAGAGUGCUCCCUGGCAUGCGCCCAGCUGGCAGGGAUUGAUGGAGGCACUGAGCAUGUCGCUACCAAAACUGGACCUUAUGCCCAUCAUGCAGGGCAGCUACUUCUUCUCAUUGCACGUUUUCGUGGUCUACAAGAUGGAGGAGAUCGCGACGGAUGGCGACAAGGUGACCUUCUUGCAGGAUCUCAGCCAGCUGCUGGAGAACCUGAAGACCAGCCCACUGACCGAACCACGAAUGGCCCUCGUUUGGGGCGUGAUCAUUGCGCGGGGCUGCCAGGUUGCGCAGAGCAACCAGCAGGUGAAGAAGCCACUUCACAUGCUGGCCAGGCACUUGCAAAUAGCCUCAACCAAAGCCGAGGGCUGGGGCGAUGGUCUACUGGGCGUGAUUGGUCUAAAAUCGGAGGUUAUUACCAACAGGCGCAAAGUUUUAACCCGUUGCUUGGCCUGUGUCAUCUUCUCACUGUUUCCGGCCAAUCGGGACCUGCGUUUGCCAUCGGAGGAGUACGAAAGCGCACUUCGUGAGCUGUCUAUGCUGCUGGCCAACAAGAAGUUCACCGACAUCAAGCCCCUGAUCGUCCGCGCAGUCAGCCUGCUUAAGGAAAACACCUUUCCCGACAUCCGGGCCGUUCCCCAUAUGGUCUGCCGUCUAAUCAGCAUCUUCUACGAGCAGAGCUACCUGACAACCAUUCCAGAGGUCUGGGACUUUGAAUUCAAGCUGAUGGCUACGUAGCUCACCGACCAUGCGAACAAUUGUAAACAUCCUAACAGCCAGUUGUGUUAUUUUCCAGGUGUUGUAUAUCAUCUAACUAGGUUUAGGG